CCGAGAAACUUUGGCGGGCGGCGGCGCGGCUGCCGAGCUCCCCCGCGCGGCGAGCUCUGCUGCGGGGAGGCGCUCGCCCCGCGCAGCGCUGCCUGUGCGUGCGGGAACAGCCCCCGCAUCCCAAGCGGACUCUGGAGCGGGCGGCAGCGCGCGUCUCGCAGGCGGCGGCGUCCAGCGCCCGGGCCGGGCUGCGCGGCCAGCCCCGAGGGCUGCGGCGCCAGGGACGCGCGGGGCCAGCGCCCCGCCGCCGCCUGCUGCCGCGAGGUCAUUUGGAUCCUCGCGUGCCAGCCGCUGCGGACUUUCCCCACUCCCCAUCUGGAUGGGAAGUUGGGGAAGAUGGACAAGAUGGACAGGGUCGUGUUGGGGUGGACCGCUGUUUUCUGGUUAACAGCCGUGGUGGAAGGCCUCCAGGUCUCGGUGCCUGACAAGAAGAAGGUGGCCAUGCUCUUCCAGCCCACUGUGCUUAGAUGCCACUUCUCCACAUCUUCCCAUCAGCCUGCCGUGGUUCAGUGGAAAUUCAAAUCCUACUGCCAGGAUCGUAUGGGAGAAUCCUUGGGCAUGUCCUCUCCCAGGGCCCAAGCCCUCAGCAAGAGGAACCUGGAAUGGGACCCCUACGUGGACUGUUUAGACAGCAGAAGGACCGUUCGAGUGGUAGCCUCCAAACAGGGAUCGACUGUUACCUUGGGAGACUUCUACAGGGGCAGAGAGAUCACGAUAGUUCAUGAUGCAGAUCUUCAGAUUGGAAAGCUCAUGUGGGGAGACAGUGGCCUCUAUUACUGCAUCAUCACCACCCCAGAUGACCUGGAAGGCAAAAAUGAGGACUCCGUGGAACUUCUGGUGUUGGGCAGGACAGGGCUGCUUGCUGAUCUCUUGCCCAGUUUUGCUGUGGAGAUUAUGCCAGAGUGGGUGUUUGUCGGCCUGGUGAUCCUGGGGAUCUUCCUCUUCUUCGUGCUGGUGGGGAUCUGCUGGUGUCAAUGCUGCCCUCACAGCUGCUGCUGCUAUGUCCGAUGCCCGUGCUGCCCAGAUUCCUGCUGCUGCCCUCAGGCCUUGUAUGAAGCAGGGAAAGCUGCCAAGUCCGGGUACCCUCCCUCUGUCUCCGGUGUCCCAGGCCCUUACUCCAUCCCCUCUGUCCCUUUGGGAGGAGCCCCCUCUUCUGGCAUGCUGAUGGACAAGCCGCAUCCACCUCCCUUGGCACCAAGUGACCCCACUGGAGGAAGCCACAGUGUUCGCAAAGGUUACCGGAUCCAAGCUGACAAAGAGAGAGACUCCAUGAAGGUCCUGUACUAUGUCGAGAAGGAGCUGGCUCAGUUUGACCCAGCCAGAAGGAUGAGAGGCAGAUAUAACAACACCAUCUCAGAACUCAGCUCCCUGCAUGAUGAUGACAACAAUUUCCGUCAGUCUUACCACCAGAUGCGGAGCAAGCAGUUCCCCAUAUCCGGGGACUUGGAGAGCAACCCUGAUUAUUGGUCAGGUGUCAUGGGAGGCAACAGUGGGACCAACCGGGGGCCAGCCCUGGAAUAUAACAAAGAGGACCGAGAGAGCUUCAGGCACAGCCAGCCGCGCUCCAAAUCCGAGAUGCUGUCACGGAAGAACUUUGCCACAGGCGUGCCAGCUGUGUCAAUGGACGAGUUGGCAGCCUUCGCAGACUCCUACGGCCAGCGGUCGCGACGUGCCAAUGGCAACAACCACGAGGCGCGGGCGGGCAGCCGCUUCGAGCGCUCGGAGUCGCGGGCCCAUGGCACCUUCUACCAAGAUGGUUCGCUGGACGAGUACUACGGGCGCGGGCGGAGUCGCGAACCUCCGGGAGACGGGGAACGCGGCUGGGCUUACAGUCCUGCGCGUCGCCGGCCGCCCGAGGAUGCUCCGUUGCCGCGCCUGGUGAGCCGGACCCCGGGCACCGCGCCCAAGUACGACCAUUCGUACCUGAGCAGCAUGCUGGAGCGUCAGGGGCGAGCCGAGAACACCAGCCGCGGUGGCAGCCUGGAGACACCAUCCAAGUUGGGGGCUCAGCUCGGUCCGCGCAGUGCGUCCUACUAUGCUUGGUCGCCGCCUGCCACUUACAAGCCGGGGACCAGCGAGGGUGAAGAUGAUGACGAAGCCGCAGAUGAUGAUGCACUGCCACCCUACAGCGAGCUGGAGCUGAGCCGGGGACCUUCCUACCGCAGCCGCGACCUGCCCUUCCACAGCAACUCAGAAAAGAGGAGGAAAAAGGAGCCCGCCAAGAAAACCAAUGACUUUCCAACCAGGAUGUCCCUUGUGGUCUGAUGGUUUCAAGACACAUCUCUGGAUCACUAGAAAUCAGACACAGACUUCGGGAAGAGACACAAAUCUGAGAGCCAGCAAGCCUAGGACCUUCUCUGGCCAGCAACCACCUUGGAAGAUUUGCUGAUCUCUGCUCUGGCAAGGAAUAGGAGGCACCCUGUAAGGAGGCUAAUUCCAAAUCCUAGUGCUCAUCUAGCUUGAGAAACUUACCGAGAAAACAAUGAUGUGUGAGAAUAUACCACAUAAUAACCUUGCCUAACCCCCCCCCAUUUCCUUAGCAGAAUCAAGACUCUGUGUCCAGUUCUGAAACAGGUAGUUUUGGACCCCUGACUUCUAGAAAUUACCUAUGCCUGUGGUUGUUUUUCUACAAGUGCUGUUUGUUCUGUGCUUAGAGGCAGAAGAAU